CAUUUUUACAAUCUAGUAAGCCCGAAGUUAUGGUAGCGAAUAUGCAGAUGAGGUUAAAUGCGUGCCGGGGGAUUGGUCUAGCUGUAGUACUGUUGGCCAUAUUGAUAGCAGAGGGCCGAGCUGAUGCAGACAUGUCGUUGUCGUCGUGCCUCAACCAGCUCGUACCUUGCUUGAACUACCUUGAUAGCGGGACUAGCCGCGAUCCGCCAAGCAAUUGUUGCAAUCCUCUGAAAUGGGUGAUCAAAUCCAGCCCAGAAUGCUUGUGUAAUAUGAUAAGCAUAAAGGGUUCAAAUGCAGCUGAGGAGGCUGGUAUUAAUGUCACCCAGGCACAGGAAUUGCCUGGUAGAUGUGGCCAGGCUGUUAACCCCAUCUCCUGCCUUAAAGGUGCAGGUUCACCCAAUUCGAAGAACUCGGUUUCAAACUCUGCGAGUUUCUCAUUCUGCUCCCUAAGCACAACAGUGGCCGCUGCUUUAUCCUUGGUUUUCCAGGCUGUAUACAUGGGCUUUUGAACUGUGUAUGGAUUACUUAUCGGCUGCGAAAGUCAGUAUUAAUUGUUACAAUAGUUCGAUUAGCACAUUGGAAGGUGAAUGGAACUCAUGGCCUCUUUUUUCCAGGCACCUAAAACGCAUUCCUGAUACCGUUGAAAGAGUUCAGCCUUCCUCUUUCUUUUUAAUUCCCCCAUUGUGUAAAAUUUUGAGAUAGUUCAAGAACUAGUUCUGCUUCUUUCUUUCA